AUGGGCAAUCGCCAGUCGGGCGUCUCGCCGACGAUCGUCGUCCGUCCGAAGCGUGGAUUCUUCCAGAAAUUGUUCGCGAAAACUCGACUCGACCCCACAGCGUUGGCUCAAACCUGUCCUCCACCGGUCGGCGGUGAGAUGCCGAUUGGUGAAUGUACAGUGCUAAGGGAUCGACCAGCUUUACGACUUGAUUCACGUCUUGUGUGUAAAUAUGAGAUUCUAUCUGUUAUAGGAAAGGGCAGUUUUUCCCAGGUUAUGCGGGUUCAGCACCGAAUUUCGCGAAAGUAUUUCGCCGUGAAACUCGUCUCAUCCGAUUGCGGAUCGGUGAACAAUGAACUGAGUAUUUUGAGCCGAGUUUCACAUCCGUUCGUUAUUCGACUUGAAGAAGUGUUCAAAUCGUCGUCAAAGUUAUUUAUUGUGAUGGAAAUGGCUAGUGGAGGAGAAAUGUACGAGCGAGUGGUGUCUAAAGGCAGAUACUCCGAAUCCGAAGCUCGUCAAGCAUUGAAAAUGCUUCUCAACGGCCUUGCAUAUUUACACUCAUUACGAAUUACACAUCGUGAUUUGAAACCGGAAAACCUACUCUACAGCGACAUGAGGCCAGAUGCUAGGUUACUAAUUACGGACUUCGGUUUGGCACACCAAGCAACAAGACCGAACGAGACCAUGACGGAAACUUGCGGUACACCGGAAUACAUAGCACCCGAGUUAUUACUACGAGUACCGUACACUGAAAAAGUCGAUAUGUGGGCUGUUGGUGUGAUCGCAUAUAUUCUGAUGUCGGGCAUCAUGCCGUUCGAUGAUGAUUGUCGGUCCCGUCUCUACACGCACAUCAUCACCGCCAACUACGUCUACUAUCCCCAGUUCUGGUCGGGCUCGGAGUCAGCAAAGCAGUUCGUCGACUGUUUGCUGGAGACGAAUGCCGCCGAACGGUUAAGUGCUGUCGAUGCGGCACAACAUGAGUGGAUAACUGGCGAGCGGUCCAUCGUCGUCAAGACCAGUCGGACCCCAUCUGAAUACAACAACAUGCAGAGAACAAAAUCGACUCGAUCCAUUCGUUCGGUGACACGAUCCGAUCACGGACAUCGCGUUGAUCCACGCGAGGUCGACCAGUUAGCUAACGAUCUGAAACGAGUCGCACAGAGUACAAAGAACUACGGCGUUUUCUAG